AAUGUCCAACUGGUUGAGCUGUAUCCAACUUCUGCUGGCUGGAAGGGUUCUCGUGCGGGCAAUCGAUCCGAAUGAGUUUCUGAAAUCCACCAUCGCCAAACACAACUACCCGGUGGAGCUGCACCCGGUCACUUCGCCCGAUGGCUAUCACCUCACCAUGGCUCGCAUCCCGAACCCAAACCGACCGGUCCUCUUCCUGAUGCAUUCGUUCCUCAGCUCCUCCUCGGACUACACCGUCCUUGGCCCCCGCAAGUCCCUAGCCUUCUCCGGUUUCGACGAAGGCUUCGAUGUGUGGCUUGCCAACGGCCGGGGGAACACCUUUUCCCGCGCGCACCGAUCGAUGAACCCUUCGCAGAAGCAGUUUUGGGACUUCAGCUUCCACGAGGUGGCCACCCUGGACCUGCCGGCCAUGAUCGAAUACGUGUUGAACGCGACCGGUCGGAGCAAGGUGCACUACGUUGGACAUUCGCAAGGGGGGACCAAUUUUCUGGUGAUGGCGUCGAUGCGGCCAGAUGUUAAUGAGAAAAUUGCAAGUGCGCAUCUGUCUUCACCGGUGGCGUUUUGGUCCAGGAAUACGACGCCUAUGAGUUAUCUGUACGAUGAACUUAUGACGUUGAUCGCGAUGUUUGAUCAGAUCGGGUUGUACGAGGUUGGUGGAAGGUCAGCGGGCAGUAUGAUGGAGUACGUGGAGAAGGCGAUCGAUGGGGGUUGUAUUUCGCAGGAUAUGCUGAUGUUGGGGCUUUGGAUGGUGGUUGGAGAGCAUAGUGAGACACUGAACAAGACUACAAUCGAAGCGGUGAGGAAGGUGUUUCCUGCGGGGGCGUCGAUCCGACAGGGAUUGCACUUUUUGCAGAUGAUGAAAUCGGAGCGGUUCUGUUUGUUUGACUAUGGGGAACAGGAAAAUUUGAGGCGCUAUGGGAAGAAUGUGCCUCCGAGCUAUUCGCUGGGGAAAAUAACGGCACCGGUGGCUUUGUACUACGGGAUGAACGAUCCGUUUGUUGCGAUUAAGGACUUGGAAGUUCUGGUGGAGAAGUUGCCAAAUGUGGUUUUGAAACAUAAAAUGGCGGAUCCGAAGUGGAAUCACGUCGAUUUCAUCUUCGGAUCGCGUGGCUACGAGGCACAUCAGUUGGUGCUCAAAUUGGCCAAAGAGUAUGAGUCUUAGGGGAUUUUGGGAUACUUACUGUGAUAUCAGAUCAUCAAUCAGAAUUGGAAUGGUUUUCAAUUACCUGAAAUUGAAACAAGAGAAAUAAAUGCAUUAAUCACCGCAUAGGUUCUUGCUCACAAUAUUAUCUUGCCAUAAAUCCGCAAAGAAUCUCACAAGGAACCUAACAGUGACCCUGAUGAGGACACUCAAGCUAAUCCGCCAAAGACUUAUUGAAAAAGUCGUAAAUGUACCAAACAAUUUAUCAAUAAACUAAUAGGAAUAAACUUAAUCAGGCAGUAGGCAAUCUAGAAUACAAUUUGCAGGAAAAUUACUGAUUAGUUCAAAAGCCAUUACUUAGAAAUAAAGCA